CUGCCUAUCUGGCUGUAUAAAAUCCCAGAGAGAGAGAGAGAGAGAGAGAGAUAGAAAGACUAAGACACAUUGACAUUACCAUCAUCAACAAAACACCAAAAAAAAGCCUAUUCAUAAAAAAAGUCUCCAUUUUUCUCUCUCACACACAGUCACUCUAAGUGUGAAAGUGUGUCAGCCAUGGCGCCCGUUAGCGAGUUGCCGUGCGACGGAGACGGCGCAUGCAUGGUGUGCAAGGAGAAGCCAUCGGACGAAGACAAACUCACCUGCAAAACCUGCGUCACGCCGUGGCAUCUCGCCUGCCUCAAGACCCGCCCGGAGACGCUCGCCUCCGCUCUCCACUGGGAGUGUCCCGACUGCACAUCCAUCGUCGGCUCCGCCACCGCCGCCGUGCCGGUCGGAAAUGCGGCGGGCGGGGCCUCCGACGACCUAAUCUCGAAGAUCCGAGCGAUCGAGGCCGAUGCGUCUCUGACGGACCGAGAGAAGGCGAAGAAGCGACAGGAGCUAGUGAGCGGAAAGGUUUGCUGCGAUGACGACGCGGACAAGAAGAAGAAGCAGAAGAGGAAGAGAGGAGAGAAGGAUGAAGAAGACGAAGACGAAGACGCGAAGGAAGAAGGAGAGAAAGAUGUGAUGGAUGUUCUCGAUGGGAGCUUGAACUGUUCCUUCUGUAUGCAGCUACCGGAGCGCCCUGUUACGACACCAUGUGGGCACAAUUUCUGCCUAAAGUGCUUUCAGAAAUGGGUCGGGCAAGGGAAGCGUACUUGUGCAAAGUGCCGUUGCUCCAUUCCUCCCAAAAUGGCAAGUCAGCCCCGCAUCAAUUCUACCCUUGUGGCAGCCAUUCGUAUGGCAAAGGUGUCCAAGUCAAUUGGUGCUGGAGGGCCUUCAAAGGUCUAUCAUUUUGUACACAAUCAGAAUAGGCCUGACAAGGCAUAUAUGACUGAGCGUGCACAGAGGAAGGGGAAGUCCAAUGCUGCCAGUGGAAAGAUAUUUGUUACUGUUGCCCCUGAUCAUUUUGGUCCUAUCCCAGCUGAAAAUGACCCUGAAAGAAAUCAGGGUGUGCUUGUUGGGGAAUGCUGGGAAGAUAGAUUGGAAUGCAGGCAAUGGGGUGCACAUCUUCCACAUGUUGCUGGCAUUGCUGGGCAAUCAAACCAUGGUGCCCAGUCUGUGGCUCUUUCUGGAGGCUACCUAGAUGAUGAAGACCAUGGAGAGUGGUUCCUCUACACAGGAAGUGGAGGCAGAGAUCUUAGCGGGAAUAAACGGACAAACAAGGAUCAGUCUUUUGAUCAGACGUUCGAGAAAAUGAAUAAGUCACUUCAAGUUAGUUGCUUAAAAGGGUAUCCUGUUCGAGUUGUCAGGUCCCACAAAGAAAAGCGCUCUUCAUAUGCCCCAGAGAAAGGGGUCCGUUAUGAUGGAGUCUAUAGGAUUGAAAAAUGUUGGCGAAAAGUGGGUAUUCAGGGUUUCAAGGUCUGUAGGUAUCUUUUUGUUAGGUGUGACAAUGAACCUGCCCCCUGGACAAGUGAUGAACAUGGUGAUCGUCCUAGACCUUUACCUGUCAUUUCUGAGCUGAAGAAGGCAAACGAUAUAGUGGAGAGGAAGGAAAAUCCAGCAUGGGAUUUUGAUGAGGAAGCAGGUUGCUGGAAGUGGAAGAAACCUCCACCCCCCAGCAAAAAACCAGUACGAACUGGAAGUUCUGACGACAUAAGGAGGACAAGGAAGGUAAUACGGCAAGCUAAGAAUGUGAAUGUGAGGGAGAAGCUCCUGAAAGAGUUCAGUUGCCUUAUCUGUCGGCAGGUGAUGACUUUCCCAAUAACAACACCUUGUGCUCAUAAUUUUUGCAAGUCGUGUUUAGAAGGUGCAUUUGCUGGCAAAACUUUUGUGAGGGAGAGAAGUAGAAAUGGACGAUCGCUCCGGUCCCAAAAAAAUGUCAUGUGCUGUCCAUCUUGCCCAACAGACAUCUCUGAUUUUCUUGAAAACCCUCAGGUAAAUAGAGAGUUAAUGGAUGUGAUAGAAUCUCUGAAAUCCAAGACUGAAGAGGAGAAUGGGAACAAUAUUGAGGAGUCUAUUAAAGAAACAGACGGCUCUGAGGAAAGUGCUGAUCAUUCAUCUACAAGCAGUGACACUAACACAGAAAUUCCAGACAAUACAGGAGUGGAUGAUAGCGUGCAGAGUCAUCCAGAGAAAAGCAAACCCAAUAGAAGCCGAAAGCAAGAGAAUGUUGUUGAUGGGGAAUGCUCAAUAGAAAACAAGGACGGGUUGGAAAACGAACUCUCUUCGGAGAAAGCCGAUGCUAAGAGUUGCUCACCGAAACAUCAUGUUGAUGGGGAAUGCUCAAUAGAGAACAAGGACGGGUUGGAAAACGAACUCUCUUCAGAGAAAGCUGAUGCUAAGAAUUGCUCACCAAAACAGGGUGUUGGUGCAAAGACCAGGAGCAGGAAAGCUGAGAAUGCUUUGGAUGAAAAUAAUGGCGUUGGUGUAAAGACCAGAGGCAGGAAAGCUGAGAAUGUGGUGGACGAAAAUAGUGGUGUUGGUGUAAAGACCAGAGCCAGGAAAGCUGAGACUGCUGUGGAUGAAAAUAAUGAUGCUGGUGUAAAGACCAGGGGCAGGAAAUCACGGAAAGUGGUGGAUGAAGGAAAUGGUUCACCAUCGAGUCCUCUCCAUGUGCGAGCUGAUGAUGAUGACUUUGAAUGAUGAAUCUUAUCUGUUGGAUCAUCAGAUAGACUCAUUUUAUUAGGAGUAUUUUGAGAAGUGGUUUUGGUAGGCUUUUUGUGAACACUUUAGGAGUUGUGAGAAUGGGGCUGAAAAUUGGAUAAUGCCUGAAGUAUGGCGUUUACAUUUUUAGAGGAGGAGGCUGAACUAUCUAUAAAUAGUUCUUUUCUGAAUGCUUAAAAAUAUAUUUGGUGUAGGAUAUUGCACCAUAAAAAAAAUAUUAAUAUUUCAUAA